AGAAAACUACCUUAUUUUGAAAGGAUUGUAACCCGGAAAUAAAUAACUUCACGUGUUGGUGUGUGUGAAAAUGUCUGCUGGCGUUGCGGUGAAAAGACCCAAAACUAUGCCCUCUGAGGCAGGGGACAGGGUGGACUGGAAGAAAAGGAAAGCAGAACUAAAGGAGGCUAAUAAGCAAAAGAAAGAGGCCAAGCUGAUCAAACAGUUGGAAAAGCAGAAGCGGCAAGAGGCCACGGAGAGAGAGAAACUUGAACAAGGCCAAAACAAAAAAGGUCGGGCUUACACAGUGAGUGUGGCCCUGCCAGGUUCUGUCCUGGAUAACGCUCAGUCCACUGAACUUCGUACAUACCUGGCCGGACAGAUCGCCCGAGCCUGUGUCGUGUUCUGUGUUGAUGAGAUUGUUGUGUUUGACGAACAAGGGGAAGAUGUGAAAAGCGUUGAAGGAGAAUUUAAAGGUGUUGGGAAGAAAGGGCAUGCUUGUAUUCAGCUUGCCAGAAUACUUCAGUACCUGGAAUGUCCACAGUAUCUGCGCAAGUGGUUUUUCCCAAAGCACCAAGAUUUACAGUAUGCAGGUUUGCUUAACCCUUUAGACAGUCCUCACCACAUGAGGAUAGACGAUGAAUCAGAAUACCGGGAAGGAAUAGUCCUCGACCGGCCGACUAAACAAGGAAAAGGCUCAUUAGUCAACUGUGGAAUGAGAAAGGAUGUUCGCAUUGAUAAACAGCUGCAGUCUGGACUUCGAGUCACAGUACAGCUCAAUCAGAGACAGAAUCAAGAGAGCAAAGUAUGUAAAGGUGUGGUGGUGGCUCCUCACAUGCCCAGGACUGAAGGAGGUCUCUACUGGGGUUACAGUGUCCGCCUGGCAUCUUGCCUCAGUGCAGUUUUCACAGAAAGUCCAUAUAAAGAAGGAUACGAUCUGACUAUUGGCACAUCAGAGAGGGGCAGCAACAUGGACCAAACGACACUGUCACCAUUCAAGCAUCUUUUGGUAGUUUUUGGAGGUCUUCAGGGAUUGGAGGCCAGUGUAGAUACCGACCAAAACCUGGACGUGACUGACCCCCGUGUUUUAUUUGACCUUUACCUCAACACAUGCCCGGGUCAGGGCAGCAGGACCAUUCGCACAGAGGAGGCCAUCUUAGUUUCCAUGGCAGGGCUGAGACCGAAGAUCACAGCUGCCUUUUCAGACAUUUCCAAUGGUUUAUUAAAGAGUUAGUGAUGGAGGAAAGUAAACAGAGACAUGCUGGCAGACAUUUUGUCAUCUUCCAAAUUCCAUAAUCAACCUUUUAGCGUUACUUACUGUUAAAACAACUAAAACCUCAAACAUCACAUUACACACAUCAAUGCAUUGAACUGUUAGAUACCUGUAAAAUGUUAAGUCUGUAUGUCUUUUGUUUUUGAAUGGCUCAACAAAUUGUACAUAUUUAAAUACAAAUACUAUCCACGGGCUUGAACUGACUCACUGACUGUAUUUUUCAAAGCAUGUAAUUAGUUUUUUGAUUAAAAGUACCAGAACAACAAGGACAAAACAUUUGGCACUGAACUUCUGAGUUAAAUUUUCAUCAAAGAACUCCACACUCAGCUUCAAGUUUCUGAGCGAGGAGAUCAAACACUUUCCUGCAUUAAGAGAAAGUCGCCCACCUGCUUCUAGUAACGUUUGUAGAUUACAAGCCUUUACAGCUCUCAGUUUGUGUUGUGGGUGCAAUCACUUUCCAGUCACCAUGCAUGCUGCAUGCAUCUACCUAAAUUUUAUUUUCCAUCAUAUAAGCCAGGCCCAGAUUUAUUUUAAUGCCAGAUUUAAAUGAGGCUUGCAGUAUUCUUCUAGGUUAUUUGUGAGGCACCUGUGUGUUAUUGUGGAUAAGAGUGAUAUGCACUCAGUUUCCAGAUUGCUAGAACACCUAACGGAAACUAAUGCAGUCUGAUGCAACAGUCCUGCAAUAAAUCCUACCUUCACGAAGGUUACUAUGUUCAGCUUCUGUUGAAACUGUUUUAGAGAGGUGCUGAGUCAACGUUUUGGUAAUUUUGGAGCCUGUAGUUGGUGGUGCUGUUGAGUUUUAUUCACAGGUAGUCACUGAAACUUAUUCUACCCUCAUUGGUAUAAAUUUAAUGGUCAAAUUUUUAGAAACUUCUGAUCAUGACUAAUGAAGCACAUUUGCGUGUAAAGUGAAGCAGCAGGGCCUUAAGAUCAAUAUUCUUACACAUUAUGUCCACAGGUUAAUUAUUUCCACAAGGCAAAACAGUUUAUGAAAUUACACCCUUCUCUGCUUCACAUUUUAAAUUUAAAAUUGCAAUUUCACUUUUAAUUUAAUCACACUGAGAGCAACAUACUGAUACAUAUCAUAACACUACCAUGAUGCAUUCUGUUGACUAUUUGAACUUAAGAUGCAUGCGCUGGAAUGCCACUGAGGUUAAAAAAAAAAAAAUACUAAAAAAAGUUUUAAGUUCAUGAGGCAGUUUGUACGUUCAUAGUCUCUAACAUUAAAAUCAACAUCUAGUGCAGCAAAAAGUUUACAAUGCAGUAGUAAUAUCAAAUUGAGGGUAAAUCACUUGUUUGGGAUGAACAGACUUUAAAGAACUUCUGUGUAAUGUGCAAAUGUGGAUCUCUAGGAUACAUUUGGUGCCACAAAACUUGUGCAAUCUGAAUGUGUCCAGUAAUUGCAAAUGAGAAAUACUGACACACCAACAGGGUUGUAAUUAUUUAACGCUGUUGAAUCAACACAGAUGAAAUUCCUUAAAUUGAAGGCACCUAGAUGCUCCAUCCUCCUAGUGAUCUAGGACAAUGACAUAGGUUACCCAGGGCUGGAUUGUGAGCCUCAAAACCUUACUUUUGUUUAAAUCCAGAUUAUAAUGCAUCUGUAGCACCAAGUACAGAAAGUACGCCAAGUUUAUUUUUGUAAAGCACUUCCUAGAGAAAGGUCACAAAGUGCUUUACAAGAGUCAAUUUAAGUAGGAUGGCAUUGAAUCCUUGGUCAGACUGUUCUCUCACUGAUGUCGGUUGUAAACUCGAGUAUACAACUGACACCUCUUAAUUUAAAUCACCAUUUUGCCAAUUUUAGACACUUAUUUAGUUUUACCGACGUAAAGAUAAACACUGAUGCUUUUGGCAAAUUUUUUUGAAUGAAAGUGUAUGUGGAAAUCGUGAUAUUAUUCAAGCCAAGAUAUUGGGAAAAGCAUGCUUUUGGUAUCAGUUCAGGCACUGCUUUCAUAAAAUUUCAAAUGUUGCCCAGCCCCAUUACUCACAUAUUGCAUUGUGGAGCUCAAAUGUACAUUGUAGACAUCAAAAACAUGUACCGGUAUAUUAAGUUGAUUCUCCAGUCAUGCUCUUGACCAGUGUCUAUAGAACUAGAGUUGGGUCUAAUACUUAGGAUCAGAUUAAUGCAAAGAUUUCAUUUCAUUAGACAUUGUACUGUGUAUGACUGUGAAUGUGACAAUAAACUUGAUGUGAUUGAUUUA